UCAAUUAUAUACAGCUAUAUAUAUGCAUACAAAUUGAGUACUUGACAACCACUUAGAGCAACGUGUCUGUGUUUGAGAGGACUAAACUAAACUAAACCCCUCACACAUCUUUUAGGGGAAAAGAAAAAAAGGAAAAAAAAAAUGAGUGAUAACAUAGUCUCAUCAACACAACCCUUUAAUAUUAAGUACAACAAUACUAUCACAUUUUCUUCAAGUGGAAUCUCUUCUUCUUCUUCUCAUCAUCAUAAUCAUCAUCAAGAUGAUGGGGUUAUCAAAGAGCAAGAUCGGUUGCUUCCAAUUGCAAAUGUUGGGAGAAUCAUGAAGCAAAUCCUUCCAACAAAUGCAAAGAUCUCAAAGGAAGCAAAGGAGACUAUGCAAGAGUGUGUUUCUGAGUUCAUAAGCUUUGUGACCGGUGAAGCUUCUGACAAGUGUCACAAGGAGAAGCGCAAGACCGUUAAUGGUGAUGAUAUUUGUUGGGCCUUGGCUACUCUAGGGUUUGAUGAUUAUGCUGAGCCACUCAAAAGAUCUAGUUUGUCUAUUGAUGAUUUUGGUUCUGGAUAAUCUGAUGUUGCACAAUUUGCUUCUUCUGGAAUCCUCGCAUUCAAGGUUGCACAAAUUCUAGCGCAAGUUCCUUUAAUUUCUUCAAGUAUCUUGGUCUGUUUUUGAUAAUUUGAAUUCAAAUAUUAUAAGCUAGUUUCUUCAUGUAUCAAGUCACUUGACCAUUCGUGCCCUAGUAUCAAAUGGGGUUGAGUUUUGUACCCUUGAUCAUCUAAUAAAAGUAGUGUGAGAAUAUUAGGAGGAUUUGGAUUGCCAGUAUAUUUCUUGAGUAAAGAUAUAUGAAAAACAAAGUGGAUCCUAGUUGUGGUGGGCAAUUCCAACUUAUAAGCCAGAUUUCCAAUGCAUGCCAUGAUUUUUAACGGUUUAAUUCGAAAUACCUCAUAGAUAAUUUUUUAUUCUUCUGCAAUGCCACAAAGUGCUGCGAUACGGCUUUAGCUUACAAAAUCACCCACAAUGAACUCGAACUCUGAUCCUCCGCCUUUUGAUCUGCCUAGAUCAGGGGCGGAGCUAGGUGGUGGGAAAGGGGGGUAAUGGCCUCCCCUAAUUUUAAUUUUUUACAUGUAAAUCAUAUGUAAAUUUCAGUUUAGCCCCCCUUAAAAUUUUAUUUUAGUCUUAGUUUAUUGUAUAAAUAUUUUUGACCCCCCUCUAAUAUUUUAUCUAGCUCCGCCCCUGGCCUAGAUUUUCAUUCGCAGUUAUGUCUUCUUUAAAUUCUUUUUUAGAGAUUCCAGUACUAUAUCGCACUGCAACAGUUGUUCCUGUAGCGCCAGUGUGUCAAUAGACUUGGUAUUGUACUUGAGAAGGGUUGGAGAGUCUCGGUCGAAGACCGCAUUGAUCGGGGACAUGCCAAUAGCAGAGUGGUAUGAGAUGUAACUAUACACAGCCCAUUGUAGCAACUUAAACCAUUCUUUCGGGUUCUCCUGCGUGUAAUAGAGUAAGUACAUUUCCAAGCAGCACUUAAGGACCUCCAUUUGUUCGUCAGACUCUGGAUGGUAUGCAGAACUCCAGGCCAGCAUAAUUUCUAAUUUUCACAGUACUAUUCCCAAAAUUUGCUCAUGAAAUGUUCACUAUCUCUUGCACAAAAGCUACAACCGCUUUUGGGGCUAUAAAAUCCAGAGAAAGAGGAAUAAGGAGCACAAAUUUAGACAACUUAUCAGCAACCACCAAGAUAAUAGAGCAGCCGUGAAAUAAAGGAAGAUCGAUGAUAAAAUCCAUCAACAUAUCAUGCCAAAUAUGGGUUGGGAUUGGCAAUGGCUCCAAUAGUUUAGCUAGGGUUGAGUACUAUACUUUGCCUAUUGACAAAUAGAGCAAACGUUGACAUAUUCCUUAAUGCAUUUAGCCAUAUGCUUCCAAAAAAAUUGGGCAGUCAGGCGAGCAAGUGUCUUCUAAUAACCCCUAUGUCCCCCAAUAAUGGAAUCGUGACUCUCAUGAAGCAAGUGUGUAAUCAAAGGUGAAGCAUCUGGUAUAAUAAGCCUGUCAUCUCAGUACCAUAAGCUGUGACGCAUUUGAAGUCUACUCGAAUUCUAUUCAGCUUCUAAAAACUCAACCUAAAAUGUUUGAAACUCCUAGUGAAGUAAUGGCAGCAGGCUGCUUGUCACCAAAGUGAGUUCCAUGAAGGUCCGGGAUAACCCAUCUGCACCUUUAUUAUCAUACCCUCUCCUGUACUCAAUGGAAAAGUCAUUGUCCAACAAUUUUGCUAACCACGU